GCAUAGUAAUUUACGAUACUCGGAUGUAGCCACACCACUUGAUCGCACCACCUGAUCGCACCACCAUGAUCUCUUCACUCGACAAUUCGAAGGCAACCGAAGCUCGCUCCUCUUCUCCUCUGUAGACUAUGGCUCUCCGCGUCCUCUCGCAGACACUCCGUGCACGUGCUCUCAAGUCGGCCACCCCUGCGGCCUGGCGCGCGACCUCGCAGCGCCCCGCGGGUCUCGCCUUCUUCUCGACCAAGUACACGCCGCAACACGAGUACGUGACGCUCAACGGCAAGGAGGGCACCAUCGGAAUCACCGACUUUGCCCAGAACUCGCUGGGCGACGUCGUGUACGUGGACCUGCCGUCGGUGGGCGACAAGUUCGCCAAGGGCGACGUUUUCGGUGCCGUGGAGUCCGUCAAGGCUGCCAGCGACGUGUACACGCCCGCUGCGGGCACGGUUACGGCUGUGAACGAGGUGAGAGCAGUCGCUGAUGCGUCUGUGAAAGGAUAAUGUUAAUAACUGAUGUUGUCAUUGCAGGACCUGGCUGAGAGCCCCAACCUCGUGAACGACGAGGCCAUGACCGGCGGCUGGUUCAUCAAGCUCGAGCUUGACGACGUGUCGGACCUAGACGACCUGCUGGACGAGGCUGCCUACAAGGAGCACUGCCAGAACGAGGAGCACUAAACUGUUCCAGGCUGCUGAUCUCCACCAGCACCACAUGUAGCUGCUGCACAUUCGCAGCCUUAAAAUACUAGACCCCAUUUUCUCAUGGACACCAUUGCAUUC